AUGGAUCAGGUAGAGUCCUUCCGCGGGGUUGCGGGCUCUGGGUCCGUCGAAGGCGACGACAUCCCCGACGAGGUUCUAGACGAACGGAUUAACGAACUCGUCGCGGGUUGGGCAGGCUCGCUGUUCGGCGGCAACAGCGGCCAAGCCACGCGCGCGCCCCAGGACUUCCUCACGUGGCAGGAUCUCAGGGCGUUCGACCUCCUGCCGGGGAUCGCGGAGUCGUUCUUGGAGAUUCUGAUCAUAGUCUGGCUCGCGCUGACGGUCUGGUGCUGGGCGGGGGGAGCGGCGCGGCGGGUGAAGCACGCGCACGGCCGAAAAGGUUUCCUCACGCAAAUCACCGAAUGGGAGGGGUCGCACGACCCGGUCGUGGCGGCUGCGUUGGCGCCGAUUCAGGCGGCGUGGCUUCUCAUGGCCAUGCCCGUGCACGCGGUCGUGUGGGGGCUCAUGAGAAUCUUCGGGACCGUGUGGGCGGUGGUGCAGUUCUUGGUCGUCGGCGUCCAGGGAAUUAUCGGUUCCGACGAGGACUGGCUCGACAACGCAAAGGCGCGGGAGAGCGACGAGGCGCCGGUCGCGAGCAAGAAGAAGAAGCCGAAAAAGCAGAAGACGAUCGCGAAGCAAAGGUCGGUGGACGACGAGGAGCCCGUGGACGUCGAGGAGGUGGGCACGGCGGCGGAGGUACGAGACAUGGACCCCCGACGGUCGGCGGCGACGGUGAGCGAGGAGGAGUACAUGCUCCGCAAGAUGCAGGAGGAGGAGGAGGAGGAGGCGGCGAGGAUGCACGCCGCCGUUCGCAUGCGCGAGCGUCGCGAGUUCGAGUUCGUGGAAAAGAUCGAGCGCAAGAGCAGCCUAGAGAAGGAAAGGGCGAGGUCCAAAGAAGCGACGGACCCGCCCAAGCCCGCGAAGAAGGAGAAGAAGCCGAGGCCCGCGCCGGUGAUCGUGCCCCCUCAACCCCGCCUCAACGGCGGCGGCGGCCACACGGUGUUGACGUCCCCGACGAAGGGACUGCCCCCGUUGCCGCGCGGACCCCCGCCCGCCAACCAGCCCAAGAGGUGGGACGGUAGGCCCGGGACCCGACCGCCGCUCCCCGCGGGUCCGCCGCCGACAAACAACAUGUUCGCGGCGCUGACGCCGAUGUCGCCCACGGCGAAUGGAGGCGGUGGGAGCCGCUCGUCGCUCGAUCACCACCCCCAUGGACUCGAUUGGAACGAGGAGAAGGAGAAGCGGCGUCAGGACGAGCUGGUGAACAGCAUGCUCGAGUCGUUGACGUCCACAGCUGUGACGGCGCCGCCCGGGUACGGCGGACGCAGCCACAGCCAGUCGACGACGCCGACGGGGGCGGCCGCGUCGUUCGGGGGUUCGAUGUGGUCGCCGAGCGGAGCGGGGGGGUCCGACGGGGGUUUCUCGCUGUUCAGCGGCGGCAGCAACCCGACGUCGCCGACGGCGGGAGAGUUGAACCGAAGGAGGAAUCGUCUAAGCCAUUGA